AUGGCGUCUAAAGCCCAUGUGGAAAAUUGGUUGGAUAAUGGAAACAAUAAGAAAGCUCUUCAAGAGGCAGAUAAGGUGCUUAAGAAACAUCCAAGCAAUCAAUGUGCCAGAAUGCUCAAAGCUUUGGCUUUAUUACGACUUGGCAAAGAAGAUGAGUGUCAAGUUAUUAUGGAUAAAGUACGUUCAGAAGUACCCUGCGAGGAUUGUACUCUACAGGUUAUGAGUAUUUGUUACAGAGAGAUACAUCAACCAAAUAAGAUUAGUGAAGUGUAUGAAGCUGCUGCUAAAGCAGAUCCGAAAAAUGAGGAAUUAUUAACGCAUCUUUUCAUGUCUUAUGUACGUGUUGGAGAUUAUAAGAAACAACAACAAACAGCACUUGCUUUAUACAAACUAAAACCAAAAAAUCCUUAUUAUUUUUGGGCUGUGAUGAGUUUAGUUAUGCAAGCUAUAUGUGCAGAUGAAAAGUUAGCAAAAGGAGUUAUUUUGCCUUUAGCAGAGAGAAUGGUGUUAAAAUUAAUUGACGAAGGAAAAAUGGAAGCAGAGCAGGAAGUUCAACUUUAUUUAAUGAUAUUGGAGCUUCAGGGUAAAAGUGAAGAAAUGUUAAAUGUUUUAUCUGGGCCCUUAGCUUCUCACCUGUCACCUGUUCCACAACGCAAAGCAGCACUUCUGUUAAAGUUGGAUCGUUUUCCUGAAGCAGCAAAUGCGUGUAAAGAACUUAUCAGUGAAAAUAUGGACAAUUGGGCAUACUAUCAAGAUUAUCUUUUUGCUGCUCUUAAAUUUCAAAAACCAGAAGAGUGUUUAGCCUUUUUUGAUAAGAUUAUAACUACAUCAGAGAAAAAAGUCAGGGCUCCAUAUUUGGCUAAAUUUGAGUUAUUCAAACGUACUAAAAACGAUGGAGUUAUUGAAAAUACUACGGAUCCUGUGGAUUUAAUGUAUCAAUAUUUUUCACAAUUUGGAGAAAAAGACUGUGUUGUUGGAGAUCUACGAUUGUACUUAAAUUUACUAACACCUGCAGAUAAAUUAGAACUGCUACAGAAGAUAGAGAAAGACGUGGGUGUUAAACCAGAAGAAUUCCCAAUUACUUUACAGCAAAUGCAGAAGCACAUUCAUUUACAACAAGUGCGUCGUAUCUGUGGUAUGCAUCAUUCCCCAAAUGUAGGCACCAAUGAACAAAAGCAACUGGUAGAACGAUUAUGUGAAUUAUAUGAAAAGGGUAAUGAAUUAUGUCCAAUUCAAGAAAGAUUACCAACAGAUUUUUGUCCUGCGGAUUCUUAUAUCCUUUUAGCGUCAGAUUUACUGCAUGAAUUGUGGUGCGACACCGAUGAAGCAUCUUAUCUCUACAGGGCAAUGUCGAUAUUAGAACGCGGUUUGUUAUCAAGUCCAGCAAACUUUUAUAUAAAAAUUAUACUUGUGCGAAUAUAUUUGGAAGCAGGAUUAGUGGGUGCAGCAGAUAACAUUUUUACGUCUUUAGAUGUUAAACAUAUUCAAUUAGAUUCUUUGGGUCAUUUACAUGCGCCACUGCUAGCUCCGCUUGGCCACCUUUCCUUGGCGUCAACAACUUUAGAUCACUCCAAUAGAUUUUUCAUUGCGAACUGCAAAGAUAGUGCAGAUCAUUUAACGUUUGCCUAUAAAUAUGGCAGUUUUGUAAAGAUUCAAGAAUUUGUGGAGUUAAGAGAACGUUUGGAAAACUCCUUCCACUUUGUUAUGACUACAGUAGAUAAAAUGCUCCUAGAAUUAAGUUGGUGUGAUAGCCCCACAUCGCUCUUCUCAACUAUAAAUAACAUGCAUAUUCAACCCGACGAAGAUUCAGUUCGUUUGAAUUCUCUGCGGGAUAAUCGUGACUUGUUGGUGGUCUGUGGAUGGGAACCUUUAACAGAAGAUGAAAUAGAUCCUAGGAUGCAAGAAGAAACACGCGUGUGCAUGUUAAGAUUACUUGCAGCGAGGAAUUUAAUGCUGAAAAUUUUGGCAACAUGUGCUAUGUCAGAUUCUUCUUCGCUUUUAUGUAGAUUAUCUAUUGAAUUGAAGCAGCUAGAUAAUGAACAGAUUCCAUUGGCACUUCAAAAGUUUGAAUCGGAAGGAAAAAGAAAUAGACCGUGUAAAAUACUGGUUCCUAUGGACGCAGUAGAAAGGUUACGCGAAGCCCAUUAUUCGGAGCAGUUGAAGACAAUUGCUCGACUCGCGGAAUCGUUAUCUCAGUCGCGUUAUCCUGACUUUGAAUGUGUUCAAAUGCUACGAGCAUCUCCGUGUCUUCAGACAAUAGACAUGCCUGAAAAAGGAAUUCCAGUGUCGUUUAAGCAUUUCCUAUUAAGAGCAUCUACGUGUAGCGAGUCUCUUGCAAUUAUUAGUGCCAUAUGUACUAUCUGCGCAACGCAAUUACAACCACAGACAUCACAUAAGAAAAAUAAAAAGAAGUAUUCUAAAGAAAUAGAAUCUGAUCCGUUAAAUGAUAAUUGCCAUAGCUGGAAAGAUAUUGCGAUGUUACUUAUAGAAAGGAUUCACAAUUUAGAUCUGAUGCUAACUGAACUUGAAAAGUAUCAACUAAAUACGGGACUGAAUAAAGAUGAAGAUGAUAUACGUGCAAUGAUAAUUAAGUACGGCCAAGCUAGUCUGAGACAAAGCUGCAGAUCGUUAAAAUCUCGAGCUCAAAUCACACUAAAACUCUUGAAUAGUUUAAAAAGGUGAAAUUGUACGAAAAUCCUUGUACAAAGAAUAUCCAUCCAACGAUUUACUGACUUUUAAAAUUGAUUCAUUUAUUGUGUAUAUUACUCUUACUUAGUCCUAACCAAUUAUAAAU